AGGCGGCGGCCGCUUCAGGACGCGCAGCGCUGACUGUCGGAGCGCAAUGACUCAGACAAACUUCACGACGCUCCGGAAUUAGGCUUCUCCAGAAGGCUGUAAAUCAGAGCCAGACUGCGGGGUUUUAUUUCCACAUUGACAAGUUUGGACAAAGUUUCUGAGGCCGUCAAACAUCAGCUGCAGUGAUCCACUCUGCGCAGGAGAUCAAUCAGACCUGAAGAGAUGAGCGGCAAGAAGAUGGAGGACGAGGCGGUGGUGGACCGCGGGGCGUCCUUACUCAAACACCUUUGUGACGAGGAGGAGGUAGAAGGUCACCACACCAUUUAUAUCGGAGUGCGUGUUCCUAAAAGCUCUCGGCAUCGGAGGCGCCACCGCCGGAGAACCAGCCACAAGGACAGAAAGGAGAAGUUGACGGGGAGCGAGCUUGACAAGUCGGACACAGAAAACAACGACGAGGCCAGCAACAGCAUCCUCAGACCUCUCAUCUCGCCGGCAGCCGAGAGGAUCCGAUUCAUCUUAGGGGAGGACGAUGACGGCCCGGCGCCCCCGCAGCUCUUCACCGAGCUGGACGAGCUGCUGGAAGUGGACGGGCAGGAGAUGGAGUGGAAGGAGACGGCCAGGUGGAUAAAGUUUGAGGAAAAGGUGGAGAAAGGAGGUGAGCGCUGGAGUAAACCCCACGUGGCGACGCUGUCCUUGCACAGCCUGCUGGAGCUGCGCACCUGCAUAGAGAAAGGCACCAUCAUGCUGGAGUUGGAGGCGUCCACUCUCCCUCAGGUUGUUGAGAUGAUCACUGACAACCAGAUAGAGAUCGGCCAGCUGAAAGCAGACCUGAAGGACAAGGUGAUGUACACGUUGCUACGGAAACACCGCCACCAGACCAAGAAGUCCAACCUCCGCUCCCUGGCCGACAUUGGGAAAACGGUUUCCAGCGCAAGUAGGCUGUUUUCCAACCAGGACAACGCCCGCAGUCCUCUGGAGAACUCGGUGACCUGCCUGUCGGGUCACAUCUCCAUGGAGGACCUGCAGAACCAAAGGAGUACCAGUAUGGACUGGCUUAAUAGUCCGACAACGCCUCACAAGAACCUGGCGUCCAGCAGCUUGAAUGACAUCUCUGACAAACCAGAGAAGGACCAGCUGAAAAACAAGUUCAUGAAGAAGCUGCCGAGAGACGCGGAGGCCUCCAACGUCCUGGUGGGGGAGGUGGACUUCCUGGACGCCCCGUUUGUGGCGUUUGUUCGUCUGCAGCAAGCCGUGAUGCUGGGAGCGUUGACCGAAGUUCCCGUUCCCACAAGGUUUUUGUUCAUCCUGCUUGGACCCAAAGGCAAAGCAAAGUCAUAUCAUGAGAUUGGCAGAGCAAUCGCCACCCUGAUGUCUGAUGAGGUCUUUCAUGACAUUGCCUACAAGGCGAAGGACAGGCAGGACCUGCUGGCCGGGAUCGAUGAGUUCCUGGACGAGGUGAUCGUUCUUCCUCCUGGAGAGUGGGACCCGACCAUCAGGAUAGAGCCUCCCAAAUCGCUGCCGUCCUCUGACAAAAGGAAAAACAUGUACGCAGGAGGGGAUUCUCAGAUGAACGGAGACAUGCCGCAUGGUGGCGGUCAUGGAGAUGGAGGCGGGCACGCUACAGGGGAGGAGCUGAAGAAGACAGGAAGGUUUUGUGGUGGUCUCCUUCUUGACAUCAAGAGAAAGGCGCCUUUCUUUAUCAGUGACUUCACCGACGCGCUUCACAUUCAGGUCCUGUCGACCAUUUUGUUUAUUUACUUGGGAACUGUGACGAAUGCCAUCACCUUCGGUGGUCUGCUGGGGGACGCUACAGAAAACAUGCAGGGUGUGCUGGAGAGUUUUCUGGGCACUGCCAUCACCGGAGGUGUUUUCUGCUUGUUGGGGGGUCAGCCUCUCAUUAUUCUGAGCAGCACCGGUCCGGUUCUGGUGUUUGAAAGGCUUCUCUUUAACUUCAGCAGGGAUAACAAUUUCGACUACAUGGAGUUCCGGCUGUGGAUCGGCCUGUGGUCGGCGUUCUUCUGCCUGGUGCUCGUUGCCACUGACGCCAGCUUCCUGGUGAAGUACUUCACCCGCUUCACGGAGGAGGGCUUCUCUUGUCUCAUCAGCUUCAUCUUCAUCUACGAUGCCUUCAAGAAGAUGAUCAAAUUAGCUCACCACUACCCCAUCAACUCGGUGUACAACAUGGAAAACAUCACGCAGUACGAAUGUCUCUGCAUGGGCCCCACGCUCUUAGGUGAGCCGUCCGUUUCAUCUUAAGACUUUGCAUCAGAA